AUGGCACUACUCCUCUCCCUCCUCUUGGCCGCGUGCAUCGGUCUGGCCCUGACAGCUGGCUUACUGCCUUAUGCUUUUAGACUGCUGGGCAGACUGAUUGGCAAAUCGAUCCGUAGCAAGACACAGCACCGGAGAGAGAUCCUGGUACAGCGUGCAUUGAAGGAAGAGGCAGAGCAGAAGGACAAGCAGAGUGAACAGGACAGCAAGAAGAAGGCGUCGUCAUCCACAAGCCUCGACUCGGACUGGGAAAAGGUCAACGAUGGUGGUGACAAGACUCCGACGGGCAACCACACAUCUUCCCCCAUAAGCGCAUCCGACGACUCCUACGACGGAAUCAUCACCUUCUUCCACCCUUUCUGCAAUGCUGGUGGAGGAGGUGAACGUGUCCUCUUCGCGGCCAUUCUCGCAACCCAACAACGAUAUCCGAACGCCCUCUGUGUCGUAUACACGGGCGAUCAUGAUGCUAGUCGAGAACAGAUCCUCACCAACGUCCGCAACCGCUUCAACAUCCACCUGAUUCCCGCCCGUAUCGUCUUCCUCUACCUGACCACCCGCGACCUUGUUCUAGCCAGUAGAUGGCCACACUUCACAUUGCUGGGACAGAGCUUGGGAAGUUUGGUUCUGGGAUGGGACGCUAUGAACUUGCUUGCACCAGACAUCUUCGUCGACACCAUGGGCUACGCGUUUGUACUGGCUCUGGUCAAAUGGCUCUUCCCAGAUGUCCCCACAGGAGCAUACGUGCACUACCCUACCAUCAGCACCGACAUGCUGGAAUCACUACAUAAAGAGGAAGGAAGUGGUGUGAACGCAGGACAGGGCAAAGGAGCUCGAGGAAAAGCGAAGCAGUUCUACUGGGAACUCUUCGCCAAACUCUACUCCUGGGUCGGCGGCACAAUCGACGUGGUCAUGACCAACAGCAGCUGGACGCAAAACCACGUCUCCCAACUCUGGACCCGCCCCCGCACGCAACGAAAGAAACCUCACCCCAUCGGCGUCGUCUACCCACCCUGCGCCGUCGCCGAACUCCAAGACAAAAUCCCCUCCUCCGGGGACCCCCAACGAACCCGCAACAUCCUUUACAUCGCCCAAUUCCGCCCGGAGAAAAUGCACCAAACCAUCAUCGAAGCCUUCCACGCCUUCCUCAAAACCCACCACAAAGAUACCCCGACCGAAUCCCGCCCCCGCUUGAUCCUCGUAGGAAGCGUACGAGACGACCACGACGAGAAGAGAGUGUACAAACUCCGUCUCCAAGCGCAGGAAAUCAAAGACAGCGUCGACUUCGUCGUCAACGCCAAAUGGCCGCAGAUCCUCGAAUUCCUCAAGACGAGUUCUGUAGGUGUCAACGGCAUGUGGAAUGAACACUUCGGCAUUGGGGUCGUCGAAUACCAAGCUGCCGGCCUCAUCUCAGUGGUCAACGACUCCGGAGGUCCAAAAGUCGAUAUCGUCGUUCCCAUAGACGGGGAACCCACCGGCUUCCACGCCACAACCCCCACCCAAUUCGCCUCUGCCUUCGCACAAGCCCUCUCCCUCAGCCCCUCCGAAGCCCUAGCCAUGCGCCAGCGCGCGAGGAAGAGCAGUUGGCGAUUCUCCGAGAAGGUGUUUAGUGAUGCAUGGCUGGGGCAUUUAGGGAAUUUGGUCGCGUUGGCGACACAUUCGCAAAAGGGACAGGUGGAGAGGGAGAGGGGGAGGGAGAGGGAUAAGGUCAAGUAG